UUGACCGCUAGAUGGUGAUACUAAUUCCGUGUCCAUGAAUCGAGCGAGAAUGGUUGAAUAUUUAAUGCAAAAUUAAAAUGUUUUGUAAUCGAUAGAAAUUAUUCCUUUUAACAUCUGUUUGAUAAACAGAAAAAGAAACGAAUUAAUUUUUAAACCUUUGUAAAGAAGUUUGGUAGAGUUACAUUUUAAUUUCAAAACAUAUUUAUAGGUUAGAAAGUAACUGGUGCAUAUGGUGCAUGUCUAAACGUGAUAAAUUUGUAAAAACCUUAUACGAGAUUAUUUUAAGCGAUCAUUAAAAUACUCGAGAUGUCGUUCUUCAAGAUAAUUACACAUUUAUACCUUCGUCAAGUACGAUUCUUUUCUACAAAUACUGCACAGAUACCUUCAAAUAAACAGAGUCUUUAUAAUAGACGAAUUCUUUCAUUACAUGGUCUUAUUACAUCUCAAAUAAAACCACGUAAAGAUGUAUUAGCGAGAUCUGAUGUACCAAAAGAAACGUGGGAAGAGCUGAGGAAUACUAUAAUCAAAUUAGGAGCGUGUAAUCCACAGAUGGUGGACACAGCAGUCAUGAAAUGUUGCUGUGAUGAAGACUUGGUUGAUAUAGGAAUAAAUUAUUAUAAAUUUCUGGAGCAUAGCGAUCAUAAACCUUCUGUAAUAUUGGAUAGCAAAUAUUUGAGAUUGUAUGGUAAAAAGGACUAUUCGAUUAACGAAUCAGAGAAAAAACACAUUCUAAAUGUGUAUAAAGCUAUGAUAGAUAAAUUUCCAAUAUUGGAUAAUGACACAGCUGAGUCUUGUAUUAUAGGUUUAUGUAAAAUUGGCGAAUGGAAAGAAGCUAUUGAAAUUAUAAAACGUUUUCAACAAUAUGACUCUCAAUUUCUUAGAGAAGGCUACAGUGCACUAAUUGAUUAUUUCAUUAAAAAUUCCAACAUAGAAUUAGCAGAAGAAUACUUAGUUCAUACUUACAAAGUGUCAGCAGGGCCUUUGAAAUAUGUAUAUGAUACAUACAUACAGUAUUGUCUAAAAGAGAAGAAAACAUUUAAUGAAAACAUUGAGAAAUUAUUCAAACUCUGGGUGAUGUACGGUAUUAUUCCACAUUUAGAUACUAUAAAGGAUUUGAUAGAUGCUUGUAACAGUGUUGGUUGGUCUGGAAAAAAUGCAGUUAUCCAAAGCUCAACAUGUUCUGUAUGUAAACAAAAACUAUCUGUAUUACCUUUAUCGGAAGAGGAGUUUAAAUAUUUGUCUAAAAAAUUACUUCAAAAAGUGUUUGUUGAGAAACAGUAUCAGGUAACCGAUCCAAAGGAAUUACAAAAUUUUAUGCGAUUUAUUGACAAAACAAAACCAUAUGAUAUAGUUGUCGAUGGAUUGAAUAUAUUAUAUUCGAAUAAGUGGCAUCAGAAAUACAAUAUCAAGCCGUUAGUAAAUAUUGUUACAUAUUUUAAAGAACAAAAUCAGAAGGUGCUUAUUAUUGCCAGAAAGCAUGCGGGAAGAGAUAUGAAAAAGUUGCAAUCAAAAGCAAUUAUUUUUCUUGUAACCAAUUCAUCACACGACGAUCCAUUUUUGUUGUAUGCUGCAUUAUCAAGUGGAAGUCAUACAAAAGUUAUAUCUGAUGAUUUUUUACGUCAAUAUAAGUAUCUUCUUGAAGAUAAUAAGUUACGUGCUCUUUUCAAGAGGUGGCAAUACACGCAUCAAUACGUCUGUACCAAAAACUUUAGUAUACAAGAAAUGAAUUUGACGCGCAAUGCUAUAGGUAGUAAUAGUUCCUACAUAAAUGCUGGAGUUCAAAAGAAUAAUACUUGUUGGCAUAUACCAUUUCAUCAUUUCGAAGGUGACAUAGGACGAGCGGAUAAUGUAGAUUAUGACAGUUGGGUUUGUUUGAACAUGUGUCCACAACAUAUUAAUAGAUAAUAAAAACUAUGAUGUUAUUGAAAAAAGGAAAGAA